UUGUAACGCUUGCUAUUAUAAACGCAACACUUAUGUCUACAUAAAGGGUGAAACUGCUAACCUAUUCGAAAACCUGGUUGUCGACCCAAAAUGGAAGUAUUCCUUGCACUGACUGCUCUGCUGGCCGUUGACACUGCCCUGUCCAUUCAGGAGCGCAUUAAUGGCGAGAACGGCUGGUAUGUCCCGAAAAUAGACGGCACCAGUGAGUGGAUGGAUCUGCACAAGGCCAAGACGCUGUUGGUCAACGUUAAAAGAUUCCUUUUCGACGCUGAUGUCUCCUUCUAUCUCUAUACCAGUUCAAAUCCAACCAAAGGCAAGAAAAUCAGCGCCUCGAAAUCGUCUAUUCAUGAUUCGUACUUCAACAAGGAUCAUCCCACGCGUUUUGUCAUUCAUGGCUGGACGAAGAGCUAUUUGGACUCGCUGACUAUUAUAAUUACCAAGGCCUGGCUGUCCCGUGGCGAUUACAAUAUCAUUGUUGUGGACUGGGCGGAUGCUCGCACUAACUACCUCGCCGCUGUGCUGGCUGUGCCCGGUGCUGGUGGUAAGGUUGGUGAAAUGAUCGAGUACCUGCACGAUAGUCACGGCAUGUCCCUGAAGAGCCUAAUAGUCAUUGGUCACAGCCUAGGCGCCCAUGUGGCUGGAUAUUCUGGCAAGACCGUUGGUAGUGGUCGUAUUAAUACCAUUAUCGGAUUAGAUCCUGCUCUGCCCCUCUUUAGCUAUUACGCGCCCAACCGUCGUCUGUCUUCCGAUGACGCCUUCUACGUGGAGUCCAUUCAGACCAAUGGCGGCAUUUUUGGUUUCCUCAAGCCCAUUGGCAAGGCCGCCUUCUAUCCCAAUGGCGGCAUGCAACAGCCCGAAUGCAAUUUAAUCAGCUUCUGCUCCCACGUUCUCUCUGUCAUCUACUAUGCUGAAGCUGUCACCCACAAAAACUUUGCAGCCAUCAAAUGCAGGAACUACAUAGCAGCUAUGAGAAGGGAUUGCAGCAGCACCUACAAACACGUUCGCAUGGGGGCCAUUGGCAACGCGCAUGAGGCUGAAGGCACCUUCUACGUUCCUGUGAAGCAGAAUGCACCGUUUGGCUACAACAAAAUACCAACUGAUUUGUAGAAGAGUGUAUUUUUCUGAAGCAAUCCUAUUAUAACCGUUUUGAUAAUGAUAUA